GAUGUCAUUCAUCAGCACACACUCACACAUAGAGCCCGCUCGCAAGCAACCGCGCUGUUUACAUUCUGAACGCAGUGACUUCACGGCGACAAUCCGUGUCUGUGAUUUAUUUAUUUAAUUAUUUAUAAUACAUAGUUAUUAGUUACCUAGUUCAACAUGGCAAACAACAGGGCCGCCAAAUCUGGAUUCGCCGCCGAAGCUCAGAGAAAGAUCAACAGCAAAUACAGCGAGGAGCUCGCUCAGGAAUGCCUGGAGUGGGUGCGCACGAUCACCGGCCAGCCGGAAAACGUGUCUGGGGACAUGGACAACUUCUAUGAAGUCCUGAAAGACGGGACUUUGCUGUGCAAGUUGGUGAACAACAUCCAGCCUGGCAUAGUGAAGAAGGUAAACGAAUCAAAGAUGGCGUUCAAAUGCAUGGAGAACAUCAACGCGUUCCUGGAAGCGGCAAAGAACCUCGGCGUGCCUGCGCAGGAGACCUUCCAGACUGUCGAUCUGUGGGAGAGACAGAACCUGAACUCCGUGGUCAUAUGCCUCCAGAGUCUUGGCAGGAAGGCCCACAAUUUCGGCAAGCCAUCCAUAGGCCCGAAGGAAGCCGAGAAAAACGUUCGGAACUUCUCGGAGGAGCAGCUGAGGGCUGGCCAGGGAGUGAUCUCCCUCCAGUAUGGCUCCAACAAGGGCGCCAACCAGAGUGGCAUCAACUUCGGCAACACGAGACACAUGUAAACCCCGACAUCCUAACAUCACAUUGAACUGGUUGACAUUAAAAUUUAAUUUAAAACAGGAUCGUUCUAAGCAAAAAGCUAUAGAUUUCUGCAGUUGUAUAACUACCUUCUAGUUUUGGUAAUGUUUAAAUAACUUUGUCUACUUUGUGUAUACGAUACCUCUUUUUACCUAUUUGUCUGUCUACUCUGGCAACUAAUUAUUACCGUUAUAUAAACGUAUAUUUGUAGAGGAUAAGACGUACCUCGAUGACAUACUCAUUUUCUUCUCAAGUUAAUCUCCAAGUAUUUUUUGCUUAGAAUGAAACAGAAUAUACAGGGUGUAAAGAAAAGGUUGGCAAAAACUUUCAUAUUUGACUACGAGACCGCACAAUCUUGGAAGUCUUUUCUUCACAUUAUUUUCACUUUUGUUUGCUUUGAAUAAAAGGGAAAUUCGUAAAUUUCUCUCUCUGGACACAGUCAAAAGUCAAUGUUAAAGUUUUUAUCUGCCUAUUUUUAACACCUCCUAUUUUAUAAUGGAUGUUAGAAUUGAAAUAGUUCACUAUUAUCCGUGUUGAUCAAUCAAAUUAUCUCUUUACAUAAAGUUACUUCUCAGUACUUAGAUUCUACUUAAAACUUAGAAGACUUAGUUUAAAGGACCAUCCUGAAAAUAGACAGGAUUCUAUGGACUCGAAUCUCUGGGUGUCAAAAUUUAUUUUUGUAAAAGUAUAGUCUCAGACUGUCAGUCAUUAAUUCGUAUAAUUUAGCAUUUAGUUUUGUAUAAAAUAUAACCAUUCCGGAGUCAUUCCGCAUUUUGGAAUUUAUUUUUGUGCUGUUUUAAUGUUGAUGAAAAAGUGGUUUGUUUUAUUUAUAUUUCAUUACUAUAAGUCAUGUAGAAUUACGUGUUUAAUUCAUAACUAUUUUUGUAAUUUUUAGGAUUGAUUAUAAUAAAGUUUAUACAUUUAUUUUUCUUAAUAAUGUGCCAAUAUUAUUUUUACUUAUUGACACUUUUUCACUUAACAGUACAAUUUGUUAAAUAAUAUUUUUCAAAUUUAUAUAACUUACUAAGUGUAGUUAUUACACUAAAUUCUAUUAUAUUGAAAAUUGAAUACAAUUCUAUUAUAUUGUGCCUUUUAAGCUCCCAAGGACUUUAAAACUAAUACGUGGCUAACAGCAAAGUUUUUUAAAGGCUUGUAGUUGUCUCUUUAUUUAAAAUAAUUAUAUCGUAUUAAAACUCAUCAUUCCAGUUUUUGUAGUAAUUGUAGUACACACUGUGAUUAAUGAUUUUAUUAUUAUGUACAUCUCUAACUAUAUUUUCGUAUUUAUAGUUAUGUACUUUGACGCGUAAUAUUAAGAA